AGCGACCGAGUAAUGAUGACAUGUGGAAUUUAAAGUGUUUUAUCCAGCGCAGCGUUUCGGGAGGAUCGUAGAGAACAGGUCCGUGUCGCUGGCUGUGGUGGCCGGAAGUCUCGGUGUCCGCGGCGGUGUCGUUAUCUCGGUUCGCUCCGGUCUCCUGCGUCACGCUGUUUGUUUGACGUAACACGACCGUAGACUGUGUGUAAGAAGAAGAACACGACUAACCUUUGGCCAUCACCAGUAAAACCAGCUGUGUCAACUACCACUGUGGUAGUUGACACUUCUUAGUUAACUCACGUCUCACAUAGCGUGCCGAGUAAACCGUCUGAACACGUGUCCUCAGUCACACACGAUCACACCGAGAAGCAGGAGUCCAAGUACGGGUCCUCAUUCACUGUAUGUUCUCGAAUAAUUCACGAGAGUGAGUUUGCCUUUGGAAACUGUGCGACUGAUGUUCGUCACACUUACUCUGCUGCUGCUGCUGCAUGUUGUCAAAAGAAAGGAUGGAACCAGCGGUUGAACCAUGGACUCUCUCUAUUGACUCUCCCACUACUGUCUGAGGACUGUUAUAUAUACAAUGAGAUCAUGGCAGAUCUUGGCGUCAGAGCAGGGGACACUGUGCUCUUUGUUUGGGCCCAGCCGUCUGCACCAGCGGCCCUGAAACAAUAUGCAGAGGAGCUGGGUGCUGCUGUCGGUGCAGAUGGAAGAGUGUCAGUGGAGAACAUGGAAAGACUGCUGCUAUCCUCCCAUUCAGCAUCCACCUUCGACUGGGUGCUCUCCAGCCUUCUGGCCGACAGCUCCUCCAUCCACAGCUUAAAGACUCUAGCUGAGAUGGCCCGAUUGCUGAAACCUGGUGGGAAGAUAGUUCUGGAUGAAGCAGUUAAUGGAGCUGAGACGCAGACUGUGAGGACUGCUGAGAAGCUGACAUCAGCUCUGAAGAUGUCGGGCUUCAUGUCUGUGACAGAGGUCAGUAAAGCAGAACUGAGCCCAGAGGCUUUGAGCUCGCUCAGGGCGGCCACCGGUUACCAAGGAAACACACUGUCUAGACUCCGCAUAUCUGCCUCCAAACCCAACUAUGAGGUUGGAUCAUCCAGCAAGAUUAAACUGUCAUUCGGGAAAAAAACACCCAAGCCAGCAGAGAAACCUGCCCUGGAUCCCAACACUAUCAAAAUGUGGACACUCUCAGCCAAUGACAUGAACGACGAUGAUGUGGAAAUGGUAGACUCGGAUGCUCUGCUGGACGAUGACGACUUGAAGAAACCGGAUCCAGCUUCUCUCAGAGCCCCCAGCUGUGGGGAAGGAGCUGGAAAGAAGAAGAAAGCCUGCAAAAACUGCACAUGUGGUCUUGCUGAAGAGUUGGAUGAGGAGAGUAAAGGACAAAAAAAGAAAGAUCUACCAAAGUCUGCCUGUGGAAGUUGUUACCUUGGCGAUGCGUUCCGAUGUGCCAGCUGUCCGUACAUGGGGAGGCCAGCGUUCAAGCCAGGAGAGAAGAUCAUGUUGGACAACAACACGCUGACGGACGCUUGAAACCCGCAGAGUUCACACCUUCAUCCCAUAUGCUUCAUAACAUCACAUUCCUUAUUUUCCCUCCAUCCUCAGAUGGCCCUGAAGACACAACUGCCUCUGCAACAGUGACAUGUGUAAAACUGUUUUUUUUUUUUUUUGUGGAUGUCACUUCUGAUGUGACGGAGAUUUCUGUUUGUCUGUCUGGAGCUCAGGCGGCAGGUUUGAUGUGAUACGUUUCAAAUGACAACACAGCCCUUUGCUUCCUCCAUAUCUAGCCAGUGUUGAGCACCAUGCUGUUGGUUAUAUCACAACAGUAAGUACCUUAACAAAGAAUUUCUUAGUUGGACUUGGCAUUGCAGCUUUGACAGUGUGAAAACUGAAAUCCUCUGGAUCGUCUAAAUGCACUGAAACGUUCUGCUCAUUUACAUCUGAUAAUCGAUGUAGUAACAGUAUACUGAAGCACACAGGAUACAAGCUGAUGUAUUUCAAGCUUAUUUGUGUAUAUAAAGGCAAAGAGUUUGGCAAUAAGA